AUGAGCAUCAGGACCAUCUCCCUGGCCAUCCGAGUGGUCAAGAACACACUCUCCGACACCCAGUCCAAGCUGUCUCAUGUCAUGGGAUUGGGUGCCUGCAGAACCUCUAGCGCCCAGCGUGUCUGUGCUUUGGCCUCUCAGGUGAGGAUGGCCAUGCUCUGCAUCAUCGGGCAGCUGGCCCUGUCAGGAUUCCAGGGCAGGAUCAAAGGCUGGGGCCUGAAGUACGUGUCUGUGCAGCUGACCUUGUCCACGUACAAACUGACCGACCGCAGGGACAACUUUUAUCAGAGGGGCCUAGAGGAGAAGAUGGUCCACAAGGUCCCCAUGGACACCGUGAGGAUCAUAACCUCUUCUGUCAGUGGGAUGAGCAAUGCAGAUUCUUCACCACUAGAGCCGCUUGGGGAGCCCUUGCAUAUGCAUGCAUGUGUGUAUAUGUGUGAGUGUGCAAAUAAGUGA